UCAGUGGUCACGUGCCGCAGGUCUCGCAUGUCUCUGUGCUUACUUCCUGCAGCGGCAGCCUGGGUCAUGGCCGAGCUGGGAGGUGGAGUGUAGGUCCCCUUCCCUGUCCUACAGGCGCCGAUAGGGCUCGACAACGCCAUCAGACCCUCGUUCACGGGAGAUCACCGUUAGACGGUGUAGCACCGAAGCUUCUGAAGACUCUCGCGGGCGAGAUAGCGCUUCAAACCACGGCACACUCACCGUAUUCCUUGCACCGUACCAACCCAGGCCCCCGCAAGUAGGUUAGAACAGUAAAUCUGGAGGGUGAGCUCACGGGAUUCCCCUUCGCUGGAUUCCUCGGAAGUGCGACGACUCCACACCUGUCAGACGACGUUACCGUUGAGUAAACGUGGACGUGUGUAGCGUAUAAUGGCGACCGGAGGAAGUGACGCGAUGGAAAGGGGAGUAGAAGCAGCGAAGUACCGCGCACUCUACCGCUACGACAAGGAAUCUUCCGAGGAUGUCAGCAUGGAAGUCGGGGACAUCCUUGUCGCGAAGGGACCGUUCUUAGACAUUGAGGGGACAGUUGAGAAACCCGAGGGCUGGUUGACUGGCCGUAACGAAAGAACAGGCGAAUCAGGGUGCUUCCCCGGUACCUACACUGAGUUUGUAGAAAGAUAUUUCGUCCCCGUGGCUGUGCCAAGACGACCGCCAAGGCCUCCGCCAAGACCAGGGGCUCGAAGUAGUGAAGGUAAUGACUCAGGAUUUAUAGGGUCGCCUGCACCUGGAGUAACACUUGGAGGUACUGGUGGGUCACGAGGCCACAGUCUGAUAGAAAUUGCAGUUGUGAAGCCCAUCCUCUGCCAACACUGUAAGGCGUUCAUUUGGGGUCAGGGGAAGUCAGCUGUUAGGUGUGAAGUUUGCCAGUGCUGUUUCCACAAGGGUGAUGCAGACAGGGUGGGCUGUGGUUCUCUAGCCGCUGACCAUCCCUGUGUCCGAGCGGAAACCUCCAACUACCAGCCCCUGGACCACGCAGUGGAGGUCAGUAGGUGGACAGUGGAGAACGUGCAGCACUGGAUGGCAGCGGUCAACUUGAGCCGCUACUCGGAACUCUUCAAGGCCCGUCAUGUAGACGGCUCCAAGCUGGAGACCCUGAAUGACCAGGCACUCAUGCACAUGGGCAUCAUGGAUGACUUCCACAGAAUCUGCCUGAUGAACAGUAUAGAUGAACUGUGCAAGGGCACCUCAGCAAUGAGAACAGCGGUUCCGUUGGACCCCAGCACCCAUGGAGAGGAGGCCUCCCUCCCCAUCUCCAGUCACAGGUUCAAGGAGCACAGCUUCUCCACCGUCACCUGGUGUGACAAGUGUCACAAGUUCCUCUGGGGGCUCAUCAGGCAGGGACUACAGUGCCAAGACUGUGCCUACAGUUGUCACCGCAUGUGUGCCCACACCGGCGUCCCUCCCUGUAACACAGAGGUCAGGGACAGGCGAAGAAGAGAAAGCUACUCACCAAAUCCGCUGUUUGGGGAGGAUUUGAAGCUCCAGUUCAGUCCGCCCGACCCCGCACCAGUGGUCGUCAUCAAGUGCUGUAAAGCCAUAGAGGAAAGAGGUCUUGAUCUAGAUGGAAUCUACAGAAUCUCCUCCUCAACUGCUGCUAUCAACGAACUCAAGAAGUCGUUCAACACGGAUCCCAACUCGGUGGAUCUAAGCAUCUACGACCUCCACUGCGUCUCGGGCGCGCUGAAGCGGUACCUUCGCGAGCUGCCCAACCCGGUGCUAACCACUGAGCUGUAUGACAGCUUCAUCGCAGCAGCUAAAGAGCUGAAAGAAGAAGUAGAGCUGGUUGCGCGACUGCUGGAGCUGGUGAAACAGCUGCCUGAGCAGCACAGACUGACGCUGGAGUGGCUCAUGGCGCACUUCUGCCGUGUCUGCCAGCACAUCAAGGCCAACAAGAUGACUCCCAAGCACCUGGCAGUGGUGUUCUGUCACAUCCUGAUGAGACCGCCCUGGGAACAUGUGCUGCAAGUGACCAGUAACACGGAGUACCAUGUGAAGGUUGUGGAGUUACUGUUGACAGGAGGGAGCUGGGGAGAGCCACUGCCCGAUGUGGAACUGGAAGAGGACAAACCAGCCAUACCACCCCGGAUAGCCACUGGGACGAAAAGGCAAAGAGAACAGCUUCAACAACUCGAGACACCACAGUCUCUUCAGGAGGCAGAGUGGUACUGGGGAGACAUCUCAAGGGAGGAGGUCAAUGACAAACUGAAGGACACACCAGAUGGAACCUUCCUGGUCCGAGACGCCUCCACCAAGUACAAAGGGGACUACACACUAACCCUCAGGAAAGGGGGUAACAACAAGUUGAUCAAGAUCUGCCAUCGUGAUGGGAAGUACGGGUUCUCGGAGCCGCUACGCUUCAGCUCUGUGGUAGAACUGAUCCAGCACUACCGGAAGGAGUCCCUGGCACAGUACAACUGUAAACUGGACGUCAGACUAACCUAUCCUGCCUCCAAGAGCCAACAGGGUGAUGAGAGUGUUGAGGGCAGCAGUGUGGACAUGGUGGGGAAGAAGCUUCAGGAGUUGAACAAGGAGUACCUGGACAAGAGCAAACAGUACGACCAGCUGUACGAGUCCUACACCAAGUCCACUCAGGAGAUCCAGAUGAAGCGUCAGGCCCUGGACGCCUUCAAGGAGACCAUCAGCAUCUUUGAGGAGCAGGCCAAGUCACACGAGAGGUACCACUCGGAGGUCAAGGGUCAGGAGUACAAAAAGAUUAUGGAGAACUACGAGAACCUGAAGUCGCGGCUGAACGAGAUUAUUGAGAGCAGCAAACAGCUGGAGCUGGACCUGAAGCUGCAGACAGAGGGGAACAGGAACCUGGACAGGGAGAUGAACUCCAUCAAACCUGACAUCAUCCAGCUGCGCAAGAUCCGAGACCAGUACGUCAUGUGGCUGGGGCACAAGGGCGUCAAGCAGGACAAGAUCAACGAGUGGCUCAAGGCUUCGUACGACGGACAUGGCGGAGACACCACUGCACCCAACUUUAACGAGGAGGCUCUGCCGCACCAUGAUGAGUCUCUGUGGUUCCUGCCUGACUGUUCACGGGUGGACGCUGAAGGCUUGUUGGCAGGAAAACCUGAAGGAACCUUCCUGGUGCGCAAGAGCAGUCAACAGAACAACUACGCCCUGUCCAUUGUAGCGGAGGAAGGGGCAGUCCGACACUGUGUCAUCUACAACACAGCGACCGGGUACGGGUUUGCCGAACCCUACAACCUGUACGCCUCUCUCAAGGACCUGGUGCUACACUACCAGCAGAACUCGCUUUACGAACACAACGACUCGCUCAACACGACGCUGGCGUACCCCGUGUACGGCCCUCCCCCGCCCGACCUCCCGCAGCGGUGACGUGGUGAGAUCGCGGUCGCUCGGAUCCACAAAGGUGCUCUCUAUCAAGGGCUGUACUGUGACUGUGACGAGGGUAAUACCAACACGACAGCCGGUAAUCUUGGGGAACAUCGAUCCCACGGAAAUAGUUGUGAAAAUACGAACUGAUGAACACCAACUGGUCAUGGCAAGGUUAUUUUAACAUUUGAAUGCCAUAGCUUGAAGCAAAGAGAUAUCUAGAUACAAGAACAAGUAGUUGUUUUUUUUUUGGUCCAAUCAGGUAUGUUUGCAGGAGUGAUUCAGUAAUUUUGAAGUUUUACUGAAAGCGGACUGCAUAAUCACUGCCAGUGUUAAAUUUGUUCACAAAUUGUAUCCCUUUUGACAGAUUUAUUUCAAUGUUUAUGUUUGUUUGUUUGUUUGACAGACCUUGUCAACACGUCCUAGCUAACGCUAGGGUUCCCAUGAUGCUUUUAGAGUAACGGUACCCUGUUUGAAAUCCUUGGAAAGCCAGAAAUAUGACAGACACACUUCCCAAUGUAUUGUCAAAGGACAUAUCAAAACUCUGUGCACGCAGAAUUUUGUCAGUGACCUUAAUACUUACAAAUAGUCAACGCUGUGUAUCUAUAUGUAUAUAAUAUAUAUAUCUAGCAUUGUAUGAAGAAGAUGCAGCUUGACAUGGAGAGAAAGAUAGGAAUGAGGAGGCCUUUUCUUAGUCCAUCGGCUUAAAGAGUUAGAAAAAAAAUUUUCAAAUUGUUCUGAAGAAUGACAGAUUCAAGGAUUGUCGUUUCGAUUUGUUGAGACUUGAAGAAGAGCUUACUGUCUAAGAAGAGGCCAUCCUCAGCCGUCUUGAACAAUAAGGUGCAAUCUGAAGUUCCGGGAAAUUCCGAGGUUUCAGUCCCGAGGAAACCUGCGGAGUUUUCCCUGGAGAAGACUUCAAACAUGAUUCAGGGUUUAUGAAUGAUGUUUAUUAACAGUGUUUGAUGCUAGCUGCAGUCACAGAUGUGGGGAGGGGGGCAGACAUGACUGUUGUGUGAAUAAGAACAGUUUAGACUUGUACAUGUUACUAAUGAAGAAAGCAUAUGGCUUGUGAAAAGGAAAAUACCAGAAGUGCUGUACAACCCAUGAAACGAUAGUUUAGGCGGGAAAAAUGCCUCAAAAAUUCCACCUUUGUUGUUAAAUCGGUAAGGAUUUCAGUAUUUCUGCCACUGAUCUUUACCUUGUGUCCUCUUUUUGUUUUCUUCAUUAUGAAUGGUCAUGCCUGAAGUUGGAAGACUAUGGAAUUGCAGAUAUGAGUGAAUCGGAUAGGGGGCGCUGGAAGACUUGAGAAGCUUUCUGUUUUGUAAUAUACUUGCCUAAUUUUUGUACAGAUGUACCAUGAUGGUUCCUACUGAUUUAGAGACAGAGAGAGAGAGAGAGAGACUGGGCUCACAAGACUGUGAUUAAUGUAAAUAGAAGCAUCACAUGAGACUAACCAGGUUUAGGAAAGAAAUUAUCUUUGUUUUCCUCCCACGUUCCCUGCUGUUAAUUUUGGCUUGGUAGAUUCCCCCACGUGACAAAAAAACAGAGGUAAUAUUGGGAGAGUAUUGCAGAGGCUGUUACGAUGAUACUGUGAUAUUUUUUUUCUGGUCGCACUCUACAGCUGACCCUAAGUCUUUUUGUGUACAUAGACAUUAACUUCUUUUGUAAAAGUUGAAAUGUAAAAGCUGGGAUGAUUGCAUGGUGUGUAAAAGGGAAUCCAUGGUGCCAAUGUGACAGGCAGUUUGCCUUGCUGUAUCAGCCGAACAAAAUGAAGCGGUGCCAAGCACCCAUAUGAAGACAGUAAUACUGCAGAUUUAACAUCAAGACAACACGUCUGCAGAAUUUAAGAUCAGAAAAGGCUGCCUCAACUAUAACACGUAACCGUCUUGUAUUGACGUACGCCUUUGUAUUAUAUUGUAUCGUUCAUACAUCGUCUAAAAUGACCAUAUGCCCAAGGAUAUGAAGUCCGCAGAGUAGUGGAAACAUAUCUUCAUGUAUAUCGAUAUCUGACUGUGAAGAAGAAAAAAAAAGCAGCUUUUGAACUGAAAUUUGGUGCUUUACGAAUCUUUCCCACAUAUGGACAAGCUGAGGACAGACUCAGAAUCUCUGCUAGUACCAAACUGUUUAUUUGAAACGUUCCAAAUUUAUCCUCGAAAAUCCUAACAUCUAAAGCUGUCCUGAGCUUUUCAUACUUGGGAAAGAGUCCACUGGUUCUUCUGUGUACACUUUUUCUAUAGAUGUUCACUAUUUGAUAUAUUGUGCCAAUGGGCCAUAUGCACCUCCCUUGAUGUAUAUAGACUUCUAACAGGUGUUAAUGUAGGCCGUUGAAAGAUGCAUUAAUGACAACUGGGUAACUAGCGCAGAGAAGUUUGUUUUUCCGUAGUGCGUAUAUUUUGUUCGGUUCAAAUGACAUACAGUCGAAUUGAAAACAGAAAUGAUCAGAUCAGUUUGUUUGUAAAGAUCUCUGCUGCUGUACUUACAAUUGUAACGUUUAACAAAACUCCGAUAGCAUUCCAUACCAAAUCACUUAUCAGGGACAGGUACCACUCAACUGCGAAGAAGAAAAAUUAGAACAAGAAGAAACCAAUUUAUCCACGAGUCUUAAAUUUGGGUGAAGGAAAGCUGUUGGAUUUUGUACCAAAAAUUAAGUUUGUUAUUAUCGUACUUUGUAUUAAAAAAAAGAAGAAAUAUUGUGAUUUUCUUUUCCAAAAUCAACCUGAUCCUGUGCCAUUUAGGAAGAAGAAAAAUGGAUAAAAACUUGAACCAUUUUGGUGUGAAAUCUGUGUUGCAAAAUUCCAGAUAACUUGUGAGUAUAGAGUCUUGGAUUUUUACUCUGAUGAAUUGUGUCCUCUGCAAUACACUCUCAGUUGGAAUAAACUUGGAAGAAUGACUUUAAAAAU